AUGAAAGUUAAAGUCAUAUUACGGGCUCCAAAAUCUCAACUACCACUUUAUAUGACCCUAAAUAGUGCAAAAUAUGGGUAUAAAGAUGUAUCUGCAUCUUUAAAAGUUGUAGAGUCUAAUGAAGUAAUCAAGUGGCUAAGUGAUAAGUCUCGCCCUAAGUUCCUAGUCAUGCCAAUUGAUGGUAUUAGUAUACCACCCCAAAAUCAAUCAUAUAGAGACUCUGAGAAGACAGAAAUGCAGGAGUAUCGAAUUUCAACGAAUAAAAUAAAGGAAUUCUCGAAAAAGUACUCCCCCCGUAAAGAAAUAUUUACUACUAGCCAUUUACGCCACGAGUACAAAGAAAAAGACUUGAAAUACUGCAUAUAUUCUUUACUUGAUAAAGAUUCAGUAGUAAAAUCUGAUGCUAUAUCAGAGAAAUAUAUUGGUAAUAUAUCAAAUACUACUCAAGAUAUACUGAGUAUGCAGACAACCUUGGUUCUACUUCAUAAGAUUACGAAGUAUAAAACAUCCGAAUUUUCCAUGAACUCACACUCAUAUACAAAGUACAAAGGUCGUCCCUUGAACUCCAACAAUAGAAGGAGUAUUUUAGAAUGGAAACCUAAACUAGAAACUGAGAUUGAAGAUUGUCGUAUCAAGAAAUUUAAGACAGAAUCUUGGGCUUACCUAGAUUUGAAUAGAGAUGGAGAACCAUUAGGAAUUCCUGCAGAUUCUAAGUGUUUUGAUAAGGAUAAUUACUUAAUAUUUAAUGAAAAUAAUAGUGAAAAUACAUUGAGUAAUGUUGGUUCAUGCAUAAAUCAAUUGCCAGACUAUUGUAAUUUGACGACCAGCUUUACUGAUAAUAAAUUAAAGGAAUCUUUUCCUAUCUAUAGCGAUCAUUUAAAUAAUAUGUUUGAAAUAAUAAAUAAUAAGUCUUGUUUUAAAGAGACAAACCAAGAAGAUUACCAUAUAACUGAAUCGAAUGAAAUUUCAAGAGAUAAUAUAUCUGGAAUUGAAAAAAGUUGUGAGGAACUACAUCAAGAAGUGAAUAAUUUAAAAAUGGACACUCUUACUGACAAUAUAAAAAGCUACAGAGAAGAAAAGGUGGAUAAAGAUAUUGAAAAGCCUUAUUUUAAAGAAACUAGUGACAGGAUGGUUGACAAAUUCCCGACCAAAUAUCCCACUAUUGGUGGAAUUAUAUCAUGCUCAUCAACAGAAAACUUUAAAAUUUGUAAUGAGCAAAACUACUUAAGAAAAUCUUAUACUUGCGACAAAAAUCCAAUUAAGAGUGAUAGUAACAAAGUAGAAUAUUCUUAUAACAAUAAUGCCACUUCUGGGAUUUACUCAAUAAUAAAUCAAGAUCCUCUAGUUAUUACUAGCUUACAAAAUUUGGAGUGCAAGAAUACCCGAAGUUUUGUUGAAAAUUUCUCUAAUAUUCAUCCUAAGACAAAUAUAAUUGAUAUUGGAGAUGAUGACACUCAAAUAUCUCAAAGUAAUUUUACCCCUCUCAAAACUGUUGGAGGCCAGACAAAGCUUAUAUAUACCAAUAAUAUAUUAAAUAUGAGCAAUAUUAAUAGAAAUACUGAUAUACUAAGAGUUAAUACAGAGAAGAAAUCAAGUAUACCCCCAAAAGAUGGUGUUAGUCUAAAUUUGUCGGAGAAAAUUGUUCAGAUAUCAAUUACUGAAGGUGAACAGAAUCCUGACUUCUCAACUAGUGAACUCGAUAGUUUAGAUAGUAAACUAAAAACUGCAGUAAAGUCAGCUGUUAAACUAUACGAUAGCAUCCAAACAGGAGACAAUGACUACAUUAAGGAUGGGCUUUUGAAACUACUUUACAGUUAUACUCUUUACCUUGAAUCCUUAUAUCUCAAACUACAAUCUGAAGGAUCUGACAAAGCUACUGAAUCUAAGUCAGAAGGACUUAAAGUGUCAAGAAAGCAGAUUUUGCAACAGAAAGGAACUAUCUCUAAUAAGUCUGUACCUGAAAUAACUUUUUUAACUAAAGAUAAUACUCUAGAAAAAAAGAAGUCGGUUAACUGUAAUUAUAGAUAUAGUCGGCUUUCUGAAAUAACUAACAUACCAAAGACUGAACUACCUAACUUGGUAGACAAUAAUGAUAAGACUAGUCCUCAAAAUAAACGAUCAAAAAGUGAGGAUAGAAAAAAGUAUGGAUUUGAAAGCUUGUCUAAUAUACCACUCUCUACUGCUACAGUAAAUAAGUCAAAACUACUUAUAGAUGCAAACCAAAAACUACCUUUAAGUAAGUGCAGUAUUUUGAAAAAAGAUAAACUAAAAGGAAUCAAUUUAGGUGAAUUACCAAGGUUAGUUUCAAAAUCAUUACCAAGUAGAAGCACGACAAUCAGAAAUAAAAAAGUAUUAAAUAUAAAUGCCUCGACUAUGUCUUCGGUAACGAGUAGAACAGCAUCUUUAGGAGAAAGAUUGAUUACAAAGAAUUCUCAGAAAAGUACGAGUGCAUUGAAACGUAUUGAAUGUAGCUACAAUUUAAAAACCAGAACUAAUUGUAAUAAUGAUAUAAAUGUUUUAAAUAUUAAUAGGGUAGAGAGGCAAUAUGAAGAAGACUCUAAAAUAAAAAAGAAAUUUAGUUCUCAAAUUAAACUACAAAAAAGGAGCGAGAAGAGUCAAAAUAGCUCUGGAACAUCUAUAGGAAAUUUUCAAGAAUUACCUCAAGUAUCACAAUAUGGUAGAAAUUUUAACAAGCACUCACUAGAGAAAAAAGACAUUUCACAGAAAGUUUCAACAUCUAGUGAUUUCAGAGAUUUGACAGUAAUUCCAUCACUUACUGUGGGUGGUCCAAAUCAACUAUCAAAUACAUCAUAUUCACAGUGCAUGUGUUCUAGUUGUUUAACUACAAGAAGUAUAAAACAAAAGUGCAAAAUCCCAACUAUUUUGAGUUUCUCCAAUUUAAAGCAACCUUUUAAGUUGUCAAGGUACUCAAAUAAAGCAAUCGAAACACCUAGAUGUCCCGUUGUAUGCAACUUUUUAUACAGAUAA